AUGUAUAACGCAAUAUUUCGGUGGAUUCCACUUCAAGUAGUUCCUGAAGUCCAAGAAAACCUUCAAACAAUUAUAACAGACUUCGAAGCGGCUAUUUUAAAAUCCGUACAAACUUGCAUGCCGUGGGUUCAUCGGAGAGGUUGUUGGUUUCAUUUUGCGCGGGCCGUCACACGAAAAUGGAACUCUCUAGGACUUCCCGGUCGGGAGGCACCUGAACAUCGGAUUUUGAAUUUAACUUGGGCGUUACCACUAGUCCCAGCAGCUAGAUUUGAGGAAGCUUUGGAAGAGGUCGUAGCAUUAAUUCGACCUUUAGAAGAUGGAAAUGAUAAUUUUUAUUUAUUUCGUCGAUAUCUUCAAAGAUUUUGGUUGCCACUGGCAAAUAUUAUUUCAGUUUAUAAUACACCGUGGCGAACUAAUAAUAUUGCUGAAGUUUGCAAUAUGCAUUUAGUGUCUAAAGUUGGGCCUCAUCCACCGUUAUUUAAAUUUUUACAUCGCCUGAUUGAAAUAAUCAAAGAUGAUGAAAAAAAAUUAACUCGAUUACUGGAUGGAAUGGAUUUCGGUAGAAAUAGGCGACAUCGACAAUAUCAAAUGGAUAUUUAUAUUCACAGUAUAUCCAAGAAGCAUUAG